GUUGCAGGCGUAACGGUCGUUACUCGGCCUGAACCUAAAGAUGGCUACCUCCGGUGCGGGCACAGUUUUAUUUAAAAAAGGACAGCAAGGUUCUGGUAGUGAAAAUGAACUUUGGGAUGACACAGCACUCAUAAAGGCUUAUGACAAUGCUGUAAAGUUAAUGAAGUCCAAAAUCAAAACUGAAAAUGGUGAAGAGGAAGAGGUUGUCGAAGAAACUUUCCAACAGAAGAAGAAAAAGAAAAAUAAGAAAAAGCGAAGUAAAAGCAAGAAAAGAAAAUGGAGUCCUGGGGACCAGUGCAGAGCAGUAUUUUCAGAGGAUGGUUUGAUUUACGAUGCAGAGAUUUUGUCAGUGGAUGAAGAGACUUCCACAUGUUUUGUUCGCUAUAGAGGUUAUGGAAACGAAGAAGAACAUAACCUAUCAGACCUUCUGCCUUCCACAGGAAGACAGCGCAAGCAGAAGUUCACAUCAGAUGUGGAGACUGACAGUAUGGAUUGGAGUGAUCGACCAAGUCCAGCACCAAAGUCAAAUCGUAGAAGUCAAAAGCCUGGACAUCCUAGUUCAACAACAAACAACACAUUUUCAUGGCCUGGAUCAGCCAUGUUCCCACCAUUCCAAGGAAUGGCACCACCUCAGUUUCCAUUUUCAUCUUUGCCAUCAUAUCCUGGAUUCCCUCCUGGCGGAUUUCAUCAUCCAGCUGGUUUGCCGACGGUUCCCCCACCUCCCCCGCCCCUCGGGGACGACCUAUUGGAGGGUGACAAUGAGGCCCUAUGUAGUAUGCUGAUGUCCUGGUACAUGAGUGGAUAUCAUACCGGAUACUACCAGGGUUUACGCCAUGCUCGUCAGUCAGGAGUCUCAGCUACCUCGCAGUCAGAAUCUGGAAGAUAACACCCUCUCAUUGGAUUGGUUGUCUGUGGAACGGGUUGUGUAAAUGUUAGCCUUUUGUAAUGAAUGAAAUUGUCGACAUGGCUGAUAUCAACAUAAGUGUACCCUGGGUAUCUACUCCUGAGCCUACGAUUGAAAUACUCUGGAAGCACAGAGCACUGGCAUUCUCAUCCUAGAACCUAGGUCAGCUUCAUCCAACAAGGGAGUGUGAGCUAUCAGUCUUGGUACCAACAGGAAUAAUAAGAAUGCACUUAAUGUACUUAAUGUAAUAAGUUUCGGAAGCAAGAAUGUUGUGGUGCGUUACAGGUACAUUUCAAUGAUCGUGUAUCAAUGUGAUAACUGGACAUCAAACUUAAUGGCAGGAUCAGAUGUUCAAAGCAUGUGAUGGAUCUAUAGGGAGAGGAAUUCAUAUUCCUCCCCCUCCAGUUUGCAUUUUCAUCAGAAAAGCUAUUUAAUAGUUAUAAAAUAAAAAUAUGUUUCAGGAGAUGACAGUGGUAUCAAUAGAAUUUUUUCAACUUACAUCAUAUUCCCUCUUCAUGAAAUCAUGGAUCUGUUCCUGAUUGUUUUGAGUAAAGAAACUGGACAAGAUUACAUUGCUGGUGCUGUCUUCUUAUAGAGUGAAUAUCUAUCAGUCUUAACUGCUAUUUCAAGUUGUGAAUGCUAGGUGAAAUCAAUGUGGAUUAUACUAAGCAAGAGUAAUUUACUGGACCUAGUGUUUUAGCAUGCACAUGUUCAGAAAUACACAGGAAUAUUUGAGUGCCUGGUAUUAAAAAUUGUCUGCUGAGAAUGUAUGAAUGUGAGGAGCUUAUAAUGCAAUAAAUGUGUCGGAGAAAAUGGUGAUAUGGUGCUUUCUGUGCAAAACUUGUUUUAGAUAUGUUCAUAGAGUUUUAUAUGUUACUGUGUGCUGGUUGGACACCUCGUUGUACAAUGGAAUGGUGAUCCAUGACAAGAUUAAGCAAUUAGAUUGACAUGAUCUAUAAUUGAAUAGAACUUAAAUUUGUGUGCAUUCAGAAUUAAAUUUUUGAACUUUUUGAAAAAAAACUAGCUUGCAAAAGUUGUUCAAACUUGUAACUGUGAAUUGGAAGUUGCACAUUGUUAUUGAAUAACGAGCUAGGUUUAAUUUUGUUGUAUACAAGCACAGAGUCUACACUGUUAGCUAAAUUGGAAUGAUUUAAAAUUGUAUCUUGAUUCUGGAAGGGAAAAGUAAACAGUCGUCAGUAUAUCACAUCAUUUAUUUGUAAAGUAAGUCUAUACAGAAAUUGUAAUCCAAUUUGAUUAAAAAAUAUUAUCAUUGA